CAAAAGACUGAAAUCGACUGAAGAGCUAGAGCGCAGGAAGGUCUCAUUCAACGGGAGCAGAAAAGAGACGACUAGAGAGAAUGUCAAUUUAUCUACCAGGUGUCCCUAUAUAACUGAAGAAUAGUUGACUGUUACAAUGAUGGAUGUGAGAGACUCUGCGGGAAGGUGGGAUGCUCUGGGAAGUAGAGACUCGAGCUUCAGACAAUCAGCGAUGGAGCUCAUUCACCAGGAGGUGAUGAGGAGAAUAGAGAACAUCGGGCCGAUACCGAACCCACAGUCCUCCUCUCCCCCUGCCAUGGAUGCCCUGUCCAGUGAUCUCAACUCUCUUCUUGCCCAUGUCCUGAUGCUCUCCAAAAGGUGUCCUUAUGAAGACGUCAGGAAGAAAUGCAUAUGUUUGCUCCAGAAGGUUCAGGAUGUUGGAGUGCGAAUCCCCAGACCGAUGGGAAAUGGACCAAGUAGAUUCAUACCAGAGAAAGAGAUACUUCAAGUCAGUAAAUUGGAUGAAAGAACACAGUCGAUUUUUGAAGACGCCUUUGCAGUGCUCGGUCGCCUUGACAACAUCUCCUUGGUGAUAGGGUUCCAUCCUCAGUAUCUGGAGAGCUUUCUUAAGACACAGCAUUACCUGCUUCAGAUUGACGGCCCCUUGUCUCUGCACUGCAGACAUUAUAUAGGGAUAAUGGCUGCCGCCAGGCACCAAUGCACAUAUCUGGUCAACCUGCACGUCAAUGACUUCCUGCAGGUUGGAGGUGAUCCCAAGUGGUUGAAUGGCCUGGGAGAAGCUCCACAGAAGCUGCAGGCUCUCGGGGAGCUCAAUAAGAUCCUGGCCCACCGCCCCUGGCUGCUCACCAAAGAACACAUCGAGCAUCUACUGAAGGCAGAGGAGCACAGCUGGUCCCUGGCUGAGCUGAUCCACGUUGUGGUGCUACUCACACACUAUCACGCUCUGGCUUCCUUUACCUUUGGUUGCGGCAUCACACCUGACAUCCAAACAGAUGGAGGACAUACAUUCAGGCCGCCCUCGCUCAGCGGUUACUGCGCUUGUGACAUUGCCAAUGGCAACAGCGCCCUGGAGGAGAUGUUUGGGAACCAGCAGGUGUCGGAGUCGUCUGGCGAGGUGGAAGUGCUGAUGGAGAGGAUGAAGCAGCUCCAGGAAUGCCGUGACGAAGAGGAAGCCAGUCAGGAGGAAAUGGCCACUCGUUUUGAGAGGGAAAAGACAGAGAGCAUGCUGGUAGUCACCUCCGAGGAUGAGGAGUGUGUACCAUCCAGGGAUGUUUCACGACACUUCGAAGACCCUAGUUACGGCUACAAAGACUUCUCCAGGAGAGGAGAACAUGUACCCACCCUCAGAGUGCAGGACUACAGUUGGGAAGACCAUGGCUUUUCCCUUGUGAAUCGGCUGUAUCCGGAUUUUGGACAGCUUCUUGAUGAAAAGUUCCAGAUCGCAUUCAAUUUAACAUACAAUACAAUGGCGACACACCAGGGUGUGGACACUUCGAUGCUCCGUAGAGCCAUCUGGAACUACAUCCACUGCAUGUUCGGGAUUCGGUACGAUGAUUAUGAUUAUGGAGAAAUUAACCAAUUGUUAGACCGCAGUUUUAAAGUCUACAUCAAAACCAUGGUGUGCAGUCCAGAGAAGAUCACCAAGAGGAUGUACGAGAGCUUCUGGAGGCAGUUUCAGCACUCUGAGAAAGUUCACGUUAAUUUGCUUCUUAUGGAAGCGCGCAUGCAGGCAGAACUGCUCUACGCUCUGAGAGCUAUCACUCGCUACAUGACAUGAAGUGCUGUUCUUGUCUACCUUUUUUAAUUUUUUUACUGUUGUUGAUGUUGCUACAGUGGGACACUUCAAUAAAUGUAAAAACGACAAAAAAAAAUGGAAAAAGAAAACUGAGGAAGAAGAAGAACGCUUGAGCAGCGGUGGAAGACAAUGAGGAGAUUGUUGUCAACUGAACCCACUUGCUGAAUAACUUGUGUGGCUGCUCAGCCUGCAGUGCCAAAACUGGCCACUGGGGGCCGUCUGAGCAAACUCAAUCCCUCAAGUGUGCAAGAGGACAAGCUGAGACUGCGAGCUUCUGGAGGCCAGACCUCCUUUAGUAUUUCAAAUGCAUCUGCGAUAAGAUGCCAUAUAAUCAUAUCUUCUUUUUGUGAGAUGAGAUUUAAAAAAAACACACACACACACACACCCACACACGAAUAGCAACUCCAGCACCGGUGCAGAUAGACUGCACAAACAUCCCUAUCUUCUAGUGUUUUUUCCAUAUCGUUUUAUAUUGUUUUUAUUUUAUUUUUCCAGCAGUGGCUAGAGAUAGAAACAUUACUGAUUUUGCAUAAACGCGUGCCUAGUCAUGCGCAGCACUGGCAGCAGAUGCUGAGGUGCCGUCUGUUCAUGCUGCUUUUCUCAACUGAGAGGCCUCAAAGACACCCAAACCAUCACCCAUUUGUAUAAGCUAAACCAGGAACGAUUGUGUUAUUGUGAGUGUGAGAGCGCAAUUCAAAAUGAAUAGUGGCCUGAGCCCUUGUUAGAGUUUACUGUAAGACACCACUUUGUCUCUUGCGUGACAUAGUCAAUGUGUGAAUGGGGGGGGUAAAAAAUCCAUUGACUCUUUUUAGGUUUUCAUGCAUUAAAAAUAUCAAAGCACUUUUUAAACAAGACAAAUUUUAAGCUUCAGCUGUUAUGUAGCUAUUUUGUUUCAAUGACUCUUUUCUAUCUUUUUUUAUAUGUGUUGGUGACUUUCAAAGUGAAAAGGUCUUCCUUUUGUAACAUGCUUCCUGUUGUCAUGCCUUAUCUGUCUUCCUUUUAAUGCACGGUCAUCUUUUUGUUGUUUUUAAUUUUGAGGUUUAUUAUAACUAAAUACCUCCUGUUGUGUAUCCUUAAAUAACUAAGUGCUGUCUGGUGAGCAAAACUUUGUCUUAAGUGGCUGCCUGUCGUGGACUACAAUCUGUACAGACCUAGACGCUAAGAACCAGGCAACCCGCACGACUUCACGGUUGUGGGGUUAAACUAUGCUUGUUCUCAUUCUUAGAACUUUAAUCAGUGUAACUAAGCAGUUUUGUUUCGAGUGUGUGUGUGUGCGCAAGCGGGGUGGAUUCUCUGCUGUCUUUUUUUGUUUACUAAAACCAGUUAAGUACUGCAUUCUGAUGAUGGCAGGACUAGAGGGAUGGUACUUUUUCCAUUGGAAACGAGGAGGUUUUAAGUCAGACUUGAGAGACUUAUGUCAGUUACUGACACUUUUAUAAGAAAAUAUUUGAUUAAAAAAAAAUAAAACAUGGUAUUUCA